CAAAAUAUGCAAGCGAACUACCCAAACAAAUUACCGCGAACGUUUUGGGAUCCUGUACACUUGAACUACCCAGUCAGAAAAUUUCCUGAGACUGGCAUAUCAAGUGAAGCUAUAGGAAGAUAUUGGAAAAGUCCACCCGAUGUGUUACAUGAAGUGAAAACACCGAUAGAAGAAGCGCUAGGCUACUGUAGAGACUACAAUGUUACCAACGCUCUAUCACGACCGCAAACAGCAGUGGACUAUGGAUACAAAAUACCAGAAGCAGAAAGAAUUAACAAGCACACCCCAUGCUAUGAAAACCUUUACAUCUAUCCACCGAGCAGAAAGCUUGCAGAUCGGACUCCCGCAUUGACUGCGCAUGGUACUACUGAAAUGAAAAGUUCCUACGCUGUGCCCACCGUUGCAUCGAGAUUGGUUACUGAUAAGAAUCAAUUCAAACACCCUGCCUCUUUACCACAAGUACCACCAGCAGUAGAGCCAUUCAUUGAAGAGCUAGAACCCCUAGAUACGACACACGAUGGUUUUGAAAAGCAUUUAGAUCCAUACUUAACUACAAGCAGGCUGCACCAUCGGCCGUUCACUGCUGAUCAAUUGGCAAGAACCUCAAACACGAAGGAUGUCGUAACUUAUUACACGUAUGCAAAUAUACCUUGGGUGAGAUCACCGAAGCCAAAUAGCCAAGAUUAUCGUCUACCACUAAGCAAAGCAAAAUCUGUUUAUGAUAGAGAAAAGUUCAAACAAGGUUUUCGGGAAAUUAGAACACACAAUAAACCUAAUUGGGUGCCAAGAACCUUUCGUACUGAAGUAAGAGACAAUUAUGUGGAACAAACAUCUCGGCCCGAGUCACAAAUACAUAACUUCGAAGAGGAAUUAAUGCUAACGGUCUAUUAUGAAAGCAAAUGUCCCGACAGUAAAUCGUUCAUACUGAAGCAGUUGGAGCCAACGAUGCAGCAGCUCCAUGAAUUCAUAACAUUGAAAUUCGUGCCCUUUGGAAAAUCGAGGAGUAUAAACUACGGUGACGGAGGAUUUGAAUGUCAACACGGCUCAGCAGAAUGCCUUGGCAACGUAGUCCAAGAUUGCAGUCUACAUUUUCUAAAUGAAAAGAGUGAUAGAGAAAAAUUGGCCUAUGUGGCGUGCGAAAUGGACACUACAGCCGGAUCACAGGGAAAAUUUGACUGCGUUGAGAAAGCAAACUUAUCUAAAGCAGAAGUAGAAGAUUGCGUGGUAUCGGGCAAAGGCACAGUGUUGCAGCUCGAGUCUGAGUACUACACCAACUUGGUGAAACCGAAGUUCGUGCCCACAGUUACCGUUAAUGGCAUAUUUGACCAAGAAUUCCAGGACAAAGCGCAAAAUGAUUUAUUCGGCGCUUGCUGCUCGCUGAUUCCGGAAGCGGCGCCGUGUGCUCAGUACUACAACUACCUCGCCUUAAAUCACCUUAUGUACGAACCUUAUGUGCAAUGAAAUAAAUUGAAAAUAUGGUGGC